ACUGGUUCAUCCAUACAACGCAUGUUGUGGGUCGUGUUGGCAAACUUUUCAACGUCCACACAUACCACGUUGAUGCAUGCGUGGCAUUGAAAUUACAACAUGUUCUUUUAAAAUUCGUGGAGAAGAGAAUUAACGUGGAUGUUUGGAGGAAGUACAAAGUGUCACAGGUGUGGGAAGUAUCAUUUUAGCAAGGAACAGCGGGGCGUUUGCCAUGAAUAGGCAGUAUGCAUUCAAAACCGCGGUCACCAUGGACGGCCAGCCGGCCACCCCUCGAAAUUAAAGGCUCUGCAUUUCGCAUGUGUCUCCCGAGCCAAAUCGCCCUGCCCCCAUUGCUUCCUGAUCACCCAUUCCUACUCCCGGCCGGGCUCCCGGCCGGCCGGCCGGCAAGUAGUACAAGAUGUUGAGCUGGCUCCGUUGUUUCCCGCACGACGGCACCGCCAUGGACGAGGAGAGGAAGCCCCGGCCCGGGAGGAGCGCCACUUUCAGGAAGAAGCAUUGCCCCGAUGCCGCGGCAGCCCGGAAACGGUUCAUCCGUUCGGGCACCUCGCUCACCGCGUCCUCGUCGGCGCGAGCGAGCUUCGGACGCCACUCCGUGGACGUGGCCAACUACAACCACAGCAUCGUCUCGGCGCGCUCCUUCACCUUCCGUGAGCUCGGCGCCGCCACGGACAGCUUCAGCCAGGCCAACCUCAUCGGCGAGGGCGGCUUCGGCCGAGUCUACAGAGGCCUCAUCGGGUCGUCGGCGGUGGCCGUCAAGCAGCUCGACCGCACGGGGUUCCAGGGCGACCACGAGUUCCUUGUGGAGGUGCUGGUGCUGAGCAGCCUCCUCACCCACCCCAACCUCGUGGGUCUCCUCGGCUACUGCGCCGACGGCAACCAGCGACUCCUCGUCUACCAACUCAUGCCGCUGGGAUCCCUCGAAAACCACCUCUUCCUCCCCCAGCCCCAGACCCAGGCCCCAGCGGACGGCGACGGGAAGCAGGUUCUGCCGUGGCGGACCAGGAUGAGGAUCGCGCACGACGCCGCCCAGGGCCUUGAGUUCCUCCAUGAGACUGCCAACCCGCCGGUCAUCUACCGCGACCUCAAGUCCUCCAACAUCCUCCUCGACGAGGGAUACAACGCCAAGCUCUCCGACUUCGGCCUCGCCAAGCUAGCCACACCCAUUACCCGCAACGGCAAGGGCGGCGAGGCCGAGGAGGACAAGGACGGCUCGAGGGUGAUGGGCACGUACGGCUACUGCGCGCCCGAGUACGUGAGGAUGGGGCACCUGACGGUGAAGUCGGACGUGUACAGCUUCGGCGUGGUGCUGCUGGAGCUCAUCACCGGCAGACGGGCCAUUGACGACAGCAGGCCAGAGGGGGAGCACAACCUCGUGGCCUGGGCGGCGCCCAUGUUCGGCGAGCAGAGGAGGUUGCAGGAGCUGGUCGAUCCGCUCCUGGGACAAGGGCCGAGCGGCAGGGAGCUGAAGCAGGCAGUAGCCGUGGCGGCCAUGUGCUUGCAGGAGGAGGACACCGUAAGGCCCAUCAUGUCGGACGUCGUCAUGGCGCUCAGCUUCCUCGCCGCCGACGAUGACAUGUCACUUUAGCAUAUUCAUCAUCAUCUGGUGGCAUUGGCCAACAUUGUGUGCUUUGCGUCUUCACAAAAAUGAAACAAUAGAAAGGGGGAUUUUGGCUCAA